CUAUAAAGAACACCAAACCCACCCUAUUCAUCCUCGAAGUGAGUGAAAAAUAAUAAAAUACUAAAUAGAUAGAAGAAUUCCUGCCUUGCCCCACUCUCCUGCUUCUCACGCAGCUCCUCCUUCUCUUCCAGGCCUGGCCAUAUGAAUCAAAUUAGCAAUCAUGCAAGAGUAAUCUUCGUGUGAUUUGUUCUUCAUCUGUACUAUAUAUAUAGGCAUCUUGAAGAAAGAAAAAUAUAUAUAUAGGGAUAAAUUAAGAGAAGAUAUAUAUAUUAUUUACAUAUAUAUAUAUAUAUGGGUGGUGGUGGUAGCUGCUCUUUGUCUUUCAAGGUGUUGCUGGCGGCAGUGGCAACGGUGAUGCUUGUCUUGCUUUUGCUGGUUGGGGCCUUGGAAAGUGGAGCGACCAAGAUGACAGAAAGGACGCAAACCGUUCUGGAUAGUAUUGCUCAAGAUGAUCUCAGACGUCGUCAUGAGGAGCUGAUAGGAAGAGAGAAGCUCGUUUACAAUCCGGAGUUGGAUCUCAACUUCGUGAUGAACAAGAGAAAGGUUCCUAACGGGCCAGAUCCCAUUCAUAACAGGAGAGCUGGGAACUCCAGACGACCACCCGGACGAGCUUAGGUACUAUCGUAGAUUGAGAAGCUUCUGCAUGCAAAACGAUGAGACAAGAUGUCUGCUGUCUUGUAUGUAUUCUUUAUAAAUGGGACUACAAAAUGCUCCUCGUCGUGAAGAAUUUACUUGAGAAUCCCAGCUUGAAGUCUUUUUUUUUUUUUUAACUUGUUCAUGGGAAGUAAGCAAAGGAAGCUUGUCGCACAAACUAUGCUCGAAAGAAUCCAGCUGGGGAAAAGAUAGGUUAGGCAGCCUUUACAAAAACUAUGAUUUAGUGUUUUACAGUUUUUUUAGUUUUUUUUUGUAAUUAAAGUGUGAGAAAGAAGACAGGGAUAUAAUUAAUCAAGAUUUGCUAGCUAGUGAAGAAGAAAUUAAGCAUAUGGAACAUAGAACAUAAUUCCAAAACCAAGCAUAUCUGUUCUAGCAGCCAUGCAUGGAGAGGACAUGUACGAAUCUCUAUCAAUCAAUCAAUCAAUCAAUAUUAUUCAUCA